AUGAUUAUUCCUCCUCCUCCUCCUCCUCCUCCUCCGUCUUCUUCUCAGUUUCCUCCUUCUCCCCCUCCUACUACUACUACUACUACUACUACUUCUCAGUUUCCUCCUCCUCCUCCUCCUCCUAAUUCCGCUUCUUACUCACUCGACUCCUCUGCUUCCCCGACGAAAAGCAAUUUCAGAUCUACUUCAUCCAGGGAGAAGGAAAAGUGGCAGCAGCCAAGAAGUUUCACUAAUCAAGAGGAAACUGGAGAAAAGAGGAGCAAUUUGAAAGAUGGGUCGUUAGAGGGAUAUGCCCAAAAAUAUUCGCAGAAGCUUCCGCGAGCAUCAAUGAAGACAUCUACUUCAAUUAACACAUCAAUGAAAAGUGAUUCAAUAGAUAACAUCACUGACGUCCUGAUUUCUUCUCUGUCCGCUCGGAGGGCAUUCAAGAGAAGGGAUACCAGAGGAAAGGGCCUCCAAGGGCACCACGAUACCCUACGGGCAAGACGAGAUGACUUUUAUGUUCCUCGCGAGAGGGCCUACCCAUCCCUAGAGAGGGAAGAUCAACGAAGGGAUGAUGGCGAGGCUUUGCAAGACGCAAUAAAAACCAACAUCAAGAAGGGGCUGUCCUCCAGGUGUUCUUGCCACAGGACGCUGCUGCUCUCUCUUCCUCCUCCUACAAGCCAGCCAGGCCUACGAAGACGCCCAACCACAAGCUUUCACCUUCCCUUGUCCUUUCGCGGUGCCCGUGGGCGACGUCCGGGCAUCAGGGGAGGAUAUAAUAAAAGAGGGAAAGGAUUUUUCGUGCGAGCGUUCGUUCCGAUGAGGGUACGUUCAAAUGGAGAAAGGAUAGGGGCGGGGGAGGAUUUAGGGGGGGACUAG